CAAUCGAAGAGUCCUGCAAAAAUGUCACAUUCUUUACUUGAAAAAUAAUAACGUUUAAAUGUCUUCACGUAGCACUAGGCAAAAUGAGUCCUGCCAUUUUAAGAGCUCUUUAACAGCGCCCUGCGUCGACAGUGGAUUUUAAAGCAAAAUAAUGCAAUAAUUCCAUUUGCAUUUUCCUCUGAGAGAAAAAAAAAUCUAGGACUAUUGUUAUAUUGCACGGAUACUUUUGCUAGUUAAGAUGGAUUAUCCUAAGGAAUCACCUUCGUCUUUUACGGUUUGAAUGCAAACGAGUAAACACGACAGAUCUCUUACUGGUAUGAGAUGUUGCUAGCCUCGGCCGUGGUCGUCUGGGAAUGGCUGAACGAGCACGGGCGCUGGCGACCCUACAGCCCAGCGGUGUCACAUCAUAUCGAGGCGGUGAUCCGCAGCGACCCUCGCGGAGUCGGGAGCGUGGUGCUGGGCCAGGUCGACUCACGUCUAUCGCCGUACAUCAUUGACCUGCAGUCUUUGCACCAGUUUCGGCAAGAUACCGGUACACUUAGGCCCGUGCGGCGAAGUUUCUACGACCCACGGUCAGCACCGGGACAGGGUUGGGUGUGGGAAUGGGAGAAUGACUCAGGCUCAUGGACUCCAUAUGACACAGAGGUAAGCAUCGCGAUCCAAGUGGCUCGUGAUCGGCAACAGCCCUGGAUAGACUUAACACCACUGGGCUUCUGCUACCUCAUAGACUUGCAAGGAAUGACGCAGAUCAAUGGGCAGACACAGCGGCGCAGACGAAUCCAGAGACGCUCGGAUCUGGCCUAUCCGCUCGUCUCUGGCCCUCUGCCAAAGCCCCAUGCGUGGUCUUCUGCUGGAAGUGGUGGACUCCUGGGAGUUGGUGUAUCUGGGGUUAGUGGAGGGAAUGGCAGUGCCUAUCCAAGUGGAGCUCUCCCGGCUUCUGCAAUUACAUCAUUGGGUCAACCAUGUUCCUGCCAACAGUGUAUGCUAGUCUUGGGUGUCAAGACCCCUAGUAUGGCACAAACUCUUGGGCGGAAGCCACCGCCGGCACCCAAACCACCAAGCCCCAAAGUGGCAUCAAGGGGACACUCUUACUCGCUCACACUCCCUCACCCUCCUUCCCUUUCCAGAGUACUUUCCCCACACAGGAACUCCACCUCGGGUGCCAUUGGAGGCUUUGGUCACUCCCUGUCUUUCCUGGGCUCAGCCACUGCUGCCCUGUCAAUAUCUUCCAACCGUCCUCCUCCACCUGCUGUACCGCCACCCCUACCUCCUUCCACCACACCCCACACUACUAUUUCCACACCCAACCCAAGUGUGCUUACACCCUCCAACACCCUUAUAUCUACAGUGACCACCUGCGCUCCCACACCCUCUGCUCGUGUUCUGGGUCCCGUCUCGACAGCAUCAGCAGCAUGUGCCGCCCCACUGCCACCUCGCAGCAGUCUGGCUGGCCUUAGCCGCCCUGCCCUGCAAAGAAUUGCCAUGGCACAGUCUCGGGCACUGAUUGCUUCAGGUGUCCCAACUGUCCCAGUGAAGAACUUGAAUGGAUCCAGUCCUGUCCACCCGGCUUUGGCAGGUAUCACUGGUAUUCUAAUGAGCGCCGCUGGACUCCCGGUCUGCUUGACCCGCCCACCCAAACUUGUGCUCCACCCUCCACCUGUCAGCAAGAGUGACAUCAAACCUGUGCCCGGCCUCGGCCACUGCUGUCGCAAGACCACAAAGAAGCAGGCUCGCAAAGGUAGAACUUCAGAGGAAGUGGUUAGAAGAUAUCUCCAGAAGGUCCGCAACCCACCUGAGGAGGAUUGUACUAUCUGUAUGGAGUCUCUCUGUGGCCCCUCUGGCUAUAAAGGCCCGGGUGUUGGUGGAAUUUCUCGGGCAGAGUCAGUUGGUCGUCUGUCUCAGUGUGGACAUCAGUACCACCUGCAAUGCCUGGUGGCCAUGUACAACAAUGGCAACAAGGAUGGCAGCCUCCAGUGCCCCACCUGCAAGACAAUCUAUGGUGUUAAAACAGGAAACCAGCCACCUGGCAAGAUGGAGUACCACGUCAUUCCUCACUCGCUUCCUGGCCACCCCGACUGCAAAACCAUCCGGCUUAUCUACAACAUCCCCCCUGGCAUUCAGGGUCCUGAGCAUCCCAACCCCGGAAAGCCCUUUACAGCACGUGGAUUCCCAAGACACUGCUACCUCCCUGACAGUGAGAAAGGCCGCCUAGUGCUGAAGCUCUUGCUGGUUGCAUGGGACCGCCGGCUGAUCUUCUCUGUGGGCACAUCCAGCACUACAGGUGAGACGGAUACAGUCAUUUGGAACGAGGUGCAUCACAAGACUGAAUUCGGCUCCAACCUGACCGGCCACGGUUACCCCGACUCCGGUCACCUCGACAAUGUCUUGGAGGAGUUGAGGGCGCAAGGCAUCACAGAGGAAGAGUGUAUGAGGGACUGAGGGAGGUGUUCAUCCACAAUGACUGAAUGUUUUGUGUUAGUGUUGCCAAAUCUGAAUUCAAUUCCCAGCUAUUGUUUCUCAGAAUCCUGAGUCACUUGUAAAAUGAAACAUUUUGAUGUUUAAAGACUUCGAAAUGUUGCAUUGCUCAUUCUUUUUAGUGGUUUCUGCCCUCUUGCUGCUGAAGACAACUGUCAGAAGUAGGAUCUAAGCUGCAAGUGCUGUAAUAAACACAAAAAUAUUGCACUGUGUGGAGGUCAGCACCCUUCCCACAAAAAAAUAGAUUUGGUGCAAUUUUGUGGACUGCAGACAUAGAUGAAAUCUGAAUGGCUCAGUGUCUGUUCAACCAUUUAAUGUAUUUUCGUUUUGUGAAGGAUACGCAAAACAAAGGUACUUCUGUGCAUGUAGUUGUAUCAUUUGGGCGCAGAGAGUUUUAUGUCCUUGGUAUAACCAAGGUCUCCACUUGUCACUAACAUUGAAACUCCAAUUGCAGUUUUAGAUGAUGGAAACGUGAAUGUUUACUGCCCCAUAGUGGCACUUGUUAACAUAUACAUUCCAGUAAUAACCAUGGAAUUUAUUUGAUGACAUAGUUUUCAAAAAUGUCUACAGUAUUUACAUUAACCACUUAUAUUUGUACUUAUUUUAUCGAAACUUGCGUUAUUUUAUAUAGCUGAAAUGAGAAUCCUAUAUUGUCAUUCAUUUUGGGAUAGAAACAAAUCUUUGUCUCUGUCCAGGACUGAUGAUAAUCCAGUUAAGAGACAUUCGACUCCAACUGCUUAGUUCAUUAAUCAGUAUUAUAGAAAUGUUGAGCCAAAGUGAGACUGUCUGCCAACGGAUAAACACACACAAAUGAUUCCUUUCCAUUUUUAGCCUCUCAUAGACUUAUGUUCUCAAAAUUCGAACAUAUUAACACAUUUUAUUUGUGAUUAGAUUUGCUGUCAGAGACAGAACCACAUAUGGCAUCAUCAGUUUAGGACAAAAGGAGAAUAUAAGGUUUAGUAUCUCUAGUUGAAGGUGUCAGCCUUUUAAAUGGUUAAUAAGAGUGACUAACUUACCCUGCUGGGUUUAAAAUCUAUCUGUUAGAGUGGAUAAACUAUCUCUGGUUGCCUUUCUGGUCAGUCCUUGGUAGGUCUAUAAUGGACCUGUUUACAAAGCUAUUGACGAGACUACUGCAUGUGUGUACAUGCAAAUGUGUAAGCUUACAUUUAUAGUUGAUGUGCUGUAUGUAUGUGUUUUAUGUACACAAUUAUUUUUGUUUUCCCUGCAUCCAAAAGCAUGUUGUGGAAGUAAAUAAGUAUUUUUUUUUUUUCCUUGUAUCAUUUUUAUAAUAUUAUUUUAAUUGAUUUAACUUUUUUUUUCUUAUAAGCUAUUAGUUUAUUUUUUUUUUAAUUUUUUUUUUCGGCUGUGAAAUUUUACUCCCAUUUAUUGCACUUGUACGGUUUGAUUUAUUGUCCAGCCAGGUUUAUUACGAUGGUUGCUAUGGAAACAACAGUGAAAAUGGCAUUUCUGCCAAGAAGAAAACUGUGAAGAUAGACAGGGAAUGAAGCUAGGAGAACUGAUGUUGCUGUAUAAUAUAAAAUGUACAAAACAACUCUUGCAUAUUAAAUAGCUACUGAAAUACAGAAUAAAUAUUAAAAGUA